AUGGCUGCCUCUGUCCAUAGCAAUGGUCACUUGUUAUCUAACUUUUAGCAGUUAUACAACCAAAAAUAAAUACGAUAAAAGGAUAACAUUCCGAAAACAUGGGUUUUGUUAGACACGUUAUAUGUGCGAUGUCUGGCGGCAUUGACAGCUCCGUCGCCGCUUUGUUACUAAAGAGAAGAGGGUACAAUGUAACUGGAGUUUUCAUGAAGAACUGGGACUCCAUGGAUGAGAAAGGUGUUUGCACCUCUGAGAAGGACUGUGAAGACGCCUACAGGGUGUGCCAGACCCUGAAAAUCUCCUUUCACCAAGUGUCUUACGUUAAAGAAUACUGGCAUGAAGUAUUUAGUUAUCUACUAAAGGAAUAUGAGAGGGGCCGGACCCCAAACCCAGACAUACUAUGCAACAAAUACAUCAAAUUCAACCAUUUCUACCAGUAUGCCAUUAACACUUUGGGUGCUGAUGCUGUGGCCACAGGCCAUUAUGCAAGGACAUCACAGGAGGAUGAGGAGGUGUUCCAGCAGAAACAUAAACCCACAUCCCACUCACUCUUUAGAGACCGGUUUGAAAUCCGAAAUCCGGUGAGGUUGCACAAGGGAGCAGACCUUUUUAAGGACCAAACCUUCUUCCUCAGCCAGAUCUCCCAGGAUGCCCUGCAGAGGACUCUGUUCCCCCUGGCAGGACUCACCAAAGACUUUGUCAGAAAGAUCGCUGCCGAAGCUGGUUUUCACCAUGUCCUAAAGAAGAAAGAGAGCAUGGGCAUUUGCUUCAUUGGCACAAGAAACUUUGAAGACUUUAUUCUGGAGUAUCUAGAACCAAAGCCAGGGAACUUGGUGUCCAUUGAGGAUGGGACGAUCAUGGGCAGACAUCAAGGUUGGUUUACGCUGACGCUGGGCCAGAGGGCCAGAAUAGGAGGGCAGAGAGAUCCGUGGUUUGUGGUGGACAAAGACAUUACCGGCAGUGAUGUUUUUGUGGCUCCAACCACCAAUCAUCCGUCUCUGUUUCGUGACACUAUGCGGACGGACCGCUUUCAUUGGAUAACGGUGGACCCGCCCCCUGAGCUGGUCAGGACACAAAUGAUGGAGUGUCACUUCCGCUUCAUCCACCAGAUGCCUCUCACCCCCUGUACUGUGACACUGAACAUGGAUGGCUCCGUGUGGAUCACACUUUCCCAGUCCAUCAGAGCUCUCACACCUGGACAGUUCGCGGUGCUCUACAAAGGGGACGAGUGUCUGGGCAGCGGGAAGAUCAUCCGUCUGGGGCCAAGUGAAUACACACUCCAGCAGGGCCGAGAGCGAAUGAUGGCAGCCUUGCAGGAAAAGGAGCAGCAGACCCCGAAACCAACCAGCUGAGAGACCAUGUCCACUCCCUGCCAGAGCGGCAACUGGUUUCUUCCAGGUGGCCCAUGGCUUCCAUGGGUCUCCCUGCGUCUCUCACCCCUUUUGAGUCGGACCUGUGAACGUGACCCACUUCUACCACAUCUGUUAACCAGCUGCUACCCUUCCAAGAUGAAUAAAGUGGUACCGUUUGUUACUGUGGUGGGUUUAACACCAGCUUCCUCCAAUGUUGAUAUUUCAUUUUUGGUUUUUCUGAUACUGUAUUAAUCCUUCAAAAGGGUCAAACUCUUUCCCUCAUCUGGUUGGGGCACAGGGUCGGGCAGGUUUUGCUGUGCCCCUGAAUCAGGUGGAGGUUAAUAAUCUGGCUCAAGAACAGUUUGACAGGUAUGGGUGCUCAUAGAGGCCAAACCUGGAGCCUCUAAUAGAGGGACAGUCGCACUUACCACUGUGCCACUUUGCUGCCAAAAAGAAACUCGCAUGAUGUUGAAGGCACAUUGGUACAGAGAUCGGUAGAUCUGCCAAAACCCCGCUUGCUUUGUUGGAACAGCUGUUAGAAAACUGAUCUUUCACCAUCCUCACUAGUAUUUCAUAUUCAUAUUCAAAAAGUUAAGAACAGUGCCAUCUCUCUGCAAACAUUCUUCUGUCAUUAAGAAGGCCACUACAUUGAUAUUUAUUAUGUGAUGAAUA